GAGUUUCGCGGGAGGACCUUGGCGCGUAAACCGUAUCCCUUCAUUCAUUGUCAGCAGCAGCUUCCUGGAGCCAUUUUUCAGCUGCCGGCCGCAGCACCCGGGCUGCCGCCACCGCCUCGCAAUCCGUUGCAUCGGCUGCCCCCGACGCCUCCAUCCCUCCUCGGGGCCUGAUAUCCGUGCGGCCGGGACCCUCCUCUCUCCAGACCCCCGAUUAUUUUUGGCCCCCGGGGCCUGUGCGGUGCGGAAAAAUAAAAAGAAAAGAGAGAGAGAGGGUUCGGAAGCGCCGGGAGGGGAGGCGAGAAGGAGAGACCUGGAAACUCCGGCUGCAAAUAAUAAAAGAAAUUGAAAGCAAUACGUUAAUAUAUCGUAACACUAAAAAAGAGCAGGAGCGAGAGAUGAGAAAGGGGAUCCAGCCCGCCCUGGAGCAGUACCUGGUGACCGCCGGGGGUGGGGAGGGGGCGGCUGUCGUCGCCGCCGCCGCUGCAGCCUCCAUGGACAAAAGGGCACUGCUAGCCAGCCCCGGCUUCGCCGCCGCCGCCGCCCCGGGCACGUACAUCCAGAUCCUCACUACGAACCCUUCCACCACGUCCUGUGCCACCUCCCUCCAAAGCGGCGCCCUGACCGCCGGCCCCCUUCUCCCCAGUGUCCCCGGCACGGAGCCGGCCGCCAGCAGCCUCUACACCACGCCACAAGGACCCUCCAGCAGAGCCGGGCUGCUGCAGCAGCCACCAGCACCAGGACGCGGCGGCGGCGGUGGCCCACCGGCAAAGCGAAGGCUGGAACUGGGCGAGAGUGGCCAUCAGUACCUCUCAGAUGGUCUAAAGACCCCCAAGGGCAAAGGAAGAGCUGCACUACGGAGUCCCGAUAGUCCAAAAACUCCAAAAUCUCCCUCAGAAAAAACGCGGUAUGAUACGUCCCUCGGUCUGCUCACCAAGAAGUUCAUUCAGCUCCUGAGCCAGUCGCCUGAUGGGGUCCUGGAUCUGAACAAGGCAGCAGAGGUGCUCAAGGUGCAGAAGAGGAGGAUUUACGACAUCACCAACGUGCUGGAAGGCAUCCACCUCAUCAAGAAGAAGUCUAAGAACAACGUCCAGUGGAUGGGCUGCAGUCUCUCUGAGGAUGGGGGCAUGCUGGCCCAGUGUCAAGGCCUGUCCAAAGAAGUGACCGAGCUCAGUCAGGAAGAGAAGAAGUUAGAUGAGCUGAUCCAAAGCUGUACCCUGGACCUCAAACUGUUAACCGAGGAUUCAGAGAAUCAAAGGUUAGCUUAUGUUACAUAUCAAGAUAUUCGAAAAAUUAGUGGCCUUAAAGACCAAACUGUUAUAGUUGUGAAAGCCCCUCCAGAAACGAGACUUGAAGUGCCUGACUCAAUAGAGAGCCUACAAAUCCAUUUGGCAAGUACCCAAGGGCCCAUUGAGGUUUACCUGUGUCCAGAAGAGACGGAAACACACAGACCCAUGAAAACAAAUAACCAAGACCACAAUGGGAAUAUCCCUAAGCCCACUUCCAAAGACUUGGCUUCUAACAACUCAGGACAUAGUAACUGCUCGGUUUCUACAGCAAACCUCUCUCCUCUGGCCUCCCCAGCCAACCUUUUACAGCAGACUGAGGACCAAAUCCCUUCCAACCUUGAAGGACCUUUUGUGAACUUACUGCCUCCCCUGCUCCAAGAGGACUAUCUGCUGAGCCUGGGGGAGGAAGAGGGGAUCAGCGAUCUCUUCGAUGCCUACGAUUUGGAGAAGCUGCCUCUGGUGGAGGACUUCAUGUGUAGUUGAUUGGGCUUUGUACAAACGGUCCUUAUAAACCAAUAUUUUUUUAUCACGGAAUUGGAAACGUGUGUCGCAGUGUUGUCCUUCCUACCUUCCUCCUCCAAGAGUAUCAUGAAGUAAACUUCAGAACAAAGCUGACAUUUUGAUGAAUUAAUUUUUUUGUUUUUUUUUGGUUUUUUGUUUUUUUUCUAAGCGCACAGUUGCAGGCUCCCUUGGGAAAGCCCUGCCUGGUCCCAGGCUCCCAAAUCUUCCUGACGAGUCAGCACGUGAGAAGAUGUGCAAUCAGGUGUCUCUCACCUGUCCUUCCCUCCCCUCCUUCCUCUCCUUUCCUUGCGGACUGGCUUGCUGUGCCUAACGGAUGGGCUGUUGACUGGGUCCGGCCGCCUGGCCCGUUUGGAAACAGCGCCCUCCCUUAACAGCAGUUCAAGCCGUGCCUUCUCUUGCAGAAUGCAUGUCUUUGUGAGUCUGCUACCAUGGAAUGGAAUUCUGCCACCAAUGCAAGCUUGAAGUCAUGCAAAGGAAUGACACGGAUUUCUCCAACUCUUAGGAAUAUUUAAAUUACUCUCAUAAUUCAGUGUAAGCUAUGGGCCGCUAGUGUCCCGCUAAGAGGCUGCAAGAGCCUCCACAGCCUUUUGGAUGAAGAACUUGUUUGCAAGUACUCAUUGCAGAUACAGAGACUGGUAGGGUUCUGCUGCUCGAAGCUGUUGUGGAUUUCCCUGUCUCCAUACCCCCCACUUCCACUGCCCCCAUCCUGCGUAUUUGUGAGUUUUCCCGGUUGAUUACUUGUGACUUAGGAGUUCCUUGUGGGUUGUUUUAGAAGUUUUUAUUUUUCUAGCUGCCAUUGAAGCAUUCCUGUGGCGCCCAUCACUAUUUCAAUUGAAUUGUUUACCUUAAAGCGAGUUUUGCAAAUUCCUAUUCCUUUAGCAGAGGGAGAGCACCUCUACUGAUAAAAGCAUCUAACCCCGUGUGACCUAAGGUCCACCAACCAGCCUCGUGCGAAGCAUCCUCUGUCUUGCCUCCUUUCCCAGGAGGGGAGCUUGGAACGAGAACCGCUCCGGGGCUUGCUGACUCGAGUGGCCCACAGUGAGGACCUCGGGCCAGAUGAUACAGCUGUCCCGUGGAGCAGCAGGCAUGGAUCCCCUCCAUCCUCGGGCUUCCCGGGCCCCUGCGACCGGGGAAAGGGCUCUAAUGCCACACUCAGGGAGACCACUUCUCAGGAUGCGGUCAGGUGGAGAGGCCCUAGGGAGAAAGGCAUCCCAUGGUGUGAGUGGCAUUCUAUCAGGGACACUUCCCUAAGUAGGAGCGAGGAGCUCCCACUGUGUCUGGGGGUGGACUAGUUCUAUCCAGAACCCAUUUGCCGCAUCCACUGUGAGUGGGUGAGUUUGGACUAAGGGAGGUCAGGAGACGGGAAAUGCACUGAUAGAAUGCCAGGGCGACUCCCUUGUUACUCCUCAGGAAUGGUGUCCCAAACUGGAGGCUUUGUGUCAGCAAGGACCCUUCCAGUUACUUCCAAGAAUAGCGUUCCCACUGGCAGGUGGCAACGGCCAUCUUGUCCUGGUGUUGAAUAUGGCAUAGUACCUCAAAUCCAUUCCUUGGAUGCUAAGGGCUGCGGAAAUGAGUUAGUCACGAAAACUAACCUCCGGCUGAGCAGUUUGAAACACUAUGUGCCUGGCCUGCCCAGGAGGCAUGUAGUAGGCACUCAACUCAUACACAUUUGAUCGAGUUGAAAAUAUCCCUUGGGAAAACCUUUUACUAAAACCACAAGAACCCUGGCCAGUUUACUCUAGAUAGAUUUCCACAAUAUGCAAAGUGGUGGUGGUGGGGGGAGGGUGGAGACAGAAGACACCGGCACUUUAAACUCUGUGUGUGGGUAUGCGUGGUGUAUGUUUGGGAAGAAAAAUCAAAGGUGCAGACUAUCUUCCUCUCUCUUCAGCCUCCAGCCCCGGCCUCCUCCCCUCACACACUCUGGACUUGGUACCGAAUAAUCCCGUGUGGUCCUAGCUGAAGCACUGGGGUGGAGGAGGGAGGGGGAGCUUCGUGUUAAGUGCCUACUGGAAAUGCACUGUGGGGUUUUUUCCUGUAUGGGAAACCGUUUAUGCCAAGCUUUCCCCCAAUGCCCUGUAUUUAUCUCAUCUGGUUAGCUGCCUCUGCUUCUGGCUUUGUGUAAUUCUCUUUGCCAGCUGCAUCGGGCUGGGUUUCUGUCCCCAAAGCCUAAUGACUGAACUCACCUGGCUCUAGGUUGUUAUGUGUUUGGUUGACUUUUCUUGUUGAAACUAUUCGUAUUGUAAUGCCGUAUUUAUUGUUUUAAGAAACGAAAGGAAUACUAAUAAAUCUUCAAGAGUUCUUUCAAUGCAUAAUAAGACUUUCUCCAGUUAAGGGGCUUAACUGGCGUACGCAGUGUGAGACAUCCAUGCUCUAGUCUGUUCGCAUUUAGGCGUUUUCUUUCUCGUAGUAUCUGGCACACAAAAUAGAUGAGUACUACAGUAUUUUUGUUACUUUAAGUCCUGAGAUGCAGGUUCCCUGGUACCAUUGAGUUGCUGCUACUAAAAGCUCACAUGCGGAAUGGCUGAAAGUUACACGUGUGCGAAUGAAGACGCCGUGAGCCUCAGAACUAAAACUGUAUAAAGGGCAACACAUGAGCUGUCAAACAGUGUUAGGCGUGUGUUUGUGUACAUAGCCGUUUUAUUUAAGUCGAUACAGUCCGCUCACAUUGCCAUUAUUUACCAGGUUUGUACAGAGAUAGCAAUUCAUUUGUAAACACUGCCAGAAUAUUUUCUAGCUGGUUUGUAAUUUUUUAAGACCGUCGCCUUGGGUUUUUGUGUUUUGUUUCUGUUGUUUUCGCCUGUGACUCUCGUUUGCUUUUUUUUUUUUUUUUUUUUUUGUCGUACGUGUAGCUCUGUCUGUAAAUAGAAUCGCAGUAUUUAAAGCUUUAGCUUUCAGGAAAAACGAAGUAAGAAUCCAAGUGUGUGCAUGACAGGUUGUGUGAGUGAGAGGGAUCUGAGGAAGAUGCCUUGCGGAGGAGGAUGGGUGACAGUUGGCAGGGUGUGGGAGUGUCUUUCCUACGGGGUACAUGCUUUUGUAAAAAGGAAGUGUUUCUCCCAACACUGGGAGUAGGCAAACUACUAAUCAGUUUAGCUUUGUGUUGUAUGCUAGUUUGAAAAAAAUAAUAAUAAAUAAAUAAAUAAAUAAUGUAAUAUAAUGUAAAAAUAGACAGACAAACAAACAAAAGCUUUUAUGAUGGAUUUUGUAAAUAGAUUUGUUACAGGGUGACCUGUUCCAGCUGUGAUCUUACCACUUCAAAUGGAUGUAAUUUGAAUAAAUUUUGUAUGGUAAAGGGUCAAUAAAAUGAUUUUUUUUUUUUAAGA